CAGCAGUUCAAUGCUUUGAGUUAACUAACAAAAGUUGAUUUAGGUGUUGCCAUGCUAUUGGAGUCGUGAAUGUGGUAUUAGUCACUUUUAAAAAAAGAACUAUAACAGCAUCGCGGACAAUAUUGUCUUUACAGAACACUCUCGGCCUUCUGACCAUAAUUGUUUUUCUGUUUUUCGUUACUUUUUUAAAAACAUCGUCGUUUCCCGAGAUAAUCAAAAUCCAACCUAAUUGAAAUUACUUCCACAUUAAAUGUGUAUUAUUUGUUUUUAACUCGAAACCGUUUUUCUAUUUUGUGUCUUAAAAGUGAAGUUUACGGUUUGAAAACGUUUGCCACAAAAUAAAUAAAACUCGGCCUUAUGGAUUUUUCUAACGUUGCGACAGUGUUUCAACAUUGUUUAUUUUAAAUUAUCAUUAUGAAUAAUAUUAUUUCACACGGACUAUCUCCAUACUGCUCGAAGAAAUAGUAAAUAUGUACUCUGCAUUGGCUCAUGCAGGCAGGCUGUCUGAGCGUAUUUGUCGGAGCAGGGCAAACCACGCCCCUUUAUGUUAAUCGAGGGCUCCCAUUGGUGUGUCGGGGCAGCAAGCCGGCUGUGAUUGGCCCGCUCCAGGCCAUUUAUUUGCUGACAGCCGCGUCACUUGAAUGGUCGUCUAUUAACUUGUUCCCAAACUAUCUGGACUUGUCAAGGCUCGGGCGGACAGGGGAGAAAAAGUCCACUUUGUUGAUGCCUUUUUGGAGAAGCGACGGGCCGAAGAAGUUUUGUGGACACAACAUCGCAGGGACCUUUUGGGAGAGAAGGCUUGCUGAGUGUGCGCCGCUCACACACGCACACACACACGCGCGCGCGCUCUCGCCGAGCCGCGGGGAGCAAGGCUGUGGAAACUCGCCUUGUUUUUGUCCAGAGAGAAAGUUGCUGAGAGAAUCGACAGGUAACUUUUGUUUAGUUUUGUUUUGUUUUGUUGUUGUCGGACGAGAGAACCGUUCCCGCUGCCGCUUGGAGUCGCGUGUUCACGUUUCACCUGCUCGGGAGCGCCGCCCGACUCGCUGUUCCUGAUGUAUAACAUGAUGGAGACAGAACUGAAGCCCCCGGCCCCCCAGACCAACACGGGGGGCACGGGCAACGGCAACACAGCCGCUGGCAACCAGAAAAACAGCCCCGAGCGGGUCAAGAGACCCAUGAACGCUUUCAUGGUGUGGUCGCGCGGCCAGAGGAGGAAGAUGGCGCAGGAGAACCCCAAAAUGCACAACUCGGAAAUCAGCAAAAGACUGGGCGCCGAGUGGAAACUUCUGUCGGAGAGCGAGAAGCGGCCCUUCAUCGACGAAGCCAAGCGGUUGCGGGCCCUGCACAUGAAGGAGCACCCCGAUUACAAGUACCGGCCCCGGCGGAAGACCAAGACCCUGAUGAAAAAGGACAAGUACACCUUGCCCGGCGGGCUGCUGGCGCCGGGCGGCAACGGCAUGGGCGCGGGGGUCGGCGUCGGCGGCGGCCUGGGCGGCGGCGUCAACCAGCGCAUGGACACGUACGCCGCGCACAUGAACGGCUGGACCAACGGCGGCUACGGCAUGAUGCAGGAGCAGCUGAGCUACCAGCACCCGGGCCUGAACGCGCACAAUGCGGGCCAGAUGCAGCCCAUGCACCGCUACGACAUGAGCGCGCUGCAGUACAACGGCAUGAGCAGCUCGCAGAGCUACAUGAACGGCUCGCCCACAUACUCCAUGUCCUACUCGCAGCAGAGCACCCCGGGCAUGACGGCCCUGGGCUCCAUGGGGCCCUCGUCGGUGGUCAAGUCCGAGUCGAGCAGCUCCAGUCCGCCCAUCGUCACGUCGUCCUCGCACCGGGCCGCGCCGGGCUGCCAAAGCGGCGAUCUGAGGGACAUGAUCAGCAUGUACCUGCCCGGGGCGGAAGUCAGCGAGCAGACUGCCCAGACCAGACUACACAUGUCCGGCCACUACCAGAGCACCGUGCCCGGGACGACGAUCAACGGCACGCUGCCCUUGACGCACAUGUAAGACAUGCGCCCGAACGAACUUUGAUCAAACAAACUGCGGACUACUUAACGUCGGACUAUUUUUGUACAGAAAAAAAAAUAAAAAUUAAAAUUGGGCUGGGAAAAGUUGUAUAAAAGUCACCAUGCAGGAAACGGACAAAAACGCCUCUUUUCCCCCUCCCUUUGAUUUGUUUUAAGGAAGCUCUAGAGGAGGGAUGCAUGGAUGCAGGAGCUCGACGUCCUCUUCACUUCACUGCUGGAUCGAGUUUGCAAGACGACAAAAAAGUGGGAGUCGCAAUCCAAUCGUUUAUAAUUGCAAUCAUCUUUUGUACAGUAUUUAUCAAAGAAACAUUACAAUCAGAUGAAAUUGUUAAGAGGUUGCCUACUUUUUUUUUCUUUUAUAUAUAAAUUUAUAUAUUGAAAAACAAAAGCAGUUCCGUCGAAAAUAGAUGGUCGAACUAAUUGGAGCGAUCAAACAAACUGGAAAGAAAGGGAGAGAAACGCGAGCAGGUAGUGCUGUUUUUUUUUUUGUUUUUUUUGCCCCUACCGCUCGUUAAGAAAGAAUUGAGACUUCUCCCCCCAGCUCAUUUCAUCUUCAAGUUAAUUUAUAUUCCCGUCUCCCACUUUCCAUCCGUUUGAGGUAUGAUGCUUGUGCUCUUUCUUUUCUAAUUGAUUUGUACAAUUCAUGUAUAUUGACUGUGAUAUUUUAUGUUUUGAUCUCCAAAUUCAUUCCUCUAGUUGUACUUUGGAAAAAUUGCGGCCUGUACGCACGCGGAAGCCAACCACUCCCAUGUAUAUAUACUGAAACUAAUACCAUCCUUAUAACAGCUACGAUUUCAACUGAGUAUAUUUUUUUCCAUAUGCAGUUUGAAAAGAAUAAAUUUUGGAAAUUUGGAUACUUGAAAUGCUUUUGAGUUUUGAUUUGAUUUUGCCGUGUCUUUAUUUUGUGUCGCACAGUAGAGUCGCCUUUCACAUGGUGAAAAUGUAAAUGAUGCAUUUAGAUGGCGGUGCUGCUGUGGUCGUCGUAGUUUAAAAUUCAAACUAGUGGCUUUUGUGCUUGCUGGUUAACGGCGUUUGUCUUUUCUAGGAAGCCCCCCCCCCCAAGUCAAAGUUUGUUGGCAACAUUAAUCCACCUAAUCGUUCCAGGCUGUCAGUGAGGCGAAUGAAGUAAACGACAAAUGAGUACUCCAUGAUUUAGGGGGCGAGCAAGGUGUGCUGUCAUCCUCCCUUUUCAAUGAGUUGCCGUGUCCACGACGGCUAAAGAAGCUAUGGAAUCAUCUGGCGGAGCCGGCAAAGGUGUUGCAUCAGAGCAGCGGGCUCCCACGAGAGUCCAGGACAUUGCUGACGUCACACUGGAGGCCAAUACCCGGCACAUUGAGUUGAGCCUAACUGUUUUGAACCGAAACGAUUCGCAUAAAGACAAUUUCCGAUUUUGAUUUUUGUAACCGAUGAUGUGGUUGAGUCUCAAUAGCAGCCUCAUUUCAAUCGCUGAGGCUGCCGAUAUCAGUCACCGCCAAUUGAGGCAUGGAGUAAGUCCUCCUCGACAGUAGUUGGCGCUAUACAAUGAAAGUUUGUCACAUUCGCCAAUCAAAUCUGCUUUGGAAUGAAAGUCUGGAGAAUGUACAUAAAUGGUUUCCCCGUGAAUAAAAGCCUCAGCAUUGAACGUCA